AUGAAGUCAACAAUACAAAAAUGCUGCGCCACAGCGCCCUACAUAUCCCGCCGCUCACUCCACCAAACCUCACUUCUCCGAUCAUCAUCAAACCCAGACUCAUAUAACGAGCCACCACCAUCCUCAACGCCAAAAGACGCCACAAAAGACGACUACUCUGAAGACUUCAACUUCGACCUCGAUCCCUCGACCGAUUUCUUCGACUCCUCCCGGCCCUACCAAAUCGACUCCACCAGCAAAUCCGUCCUCACAAAGACGGGCCUCACCCUCCCCCUCUCACCCAUCAUGGACCCAGCCUACCACUCCUCGCGCAACCGGUGGAAAGAGAAAAAACCUCUCUCCCGUCCACCCGGCCAACGCGUCUCCAAGUUCUCCCAGCUUCUCGAAUCCAGCCCCUUUGCAUUAGCCCUCGCCGCGCCCCUCAGAGCCUGCACCGCCACCGAGGUGCUAUUACCCAAGCCCUUCCUCCAGAAAUUUAACCUCCUGCGACACCCCGAAACGGACGAGCCGUGGUUCGUCCCCGCCGACUUGGCUCCCCACGGCGCACCCGAUCCGGCAAAGAAGAGGGACCAGGAGCUGGGCCCCUCAGCGUAUACGCUUGCCAACCAGGCGCUGCUGCAGGAUUUCGUGAUACGCGGCAGUCCGUAUUAUGGGAGUAACAGGAAGAUGUUGAGGCGGAAUGCGCAGAACCGGACGGGGUUGACGGAUGUGCUGAAUAGAGCGGUUUGGAGGGAGGAUAUGGAUUCUUUGGUUCUCAAACUGAUGAGAAGAAGGAUCGUGGAUGAGCUAUUGUAUUUGACGGGCAAGUGCACGGGGAGUUUGAGAAGGAAAUACUUGACUCCGCUGAGGGGCGGGUAUGAGGAGGCAAAGGAGAGGAAGUUGAGGGGUGCGUUGGUUUAUGUCGGCGGGGCACCAGGGAAGGGGAUGGGGAUGGGGAUGGGGACGAUGAGGCCGCCACAGAGGGUGUCGACGUUGGAUAUUAAAGGGGAGAGGUAUAAUACCAGACUGCCUGUUUAUGAUGCUACGGUUUUACUUGGGGAGGAGGAGUUGAAGAGGUUGGUGGAUGAGGAAACAGGGUUUUGGAGGCAGGCGCAAUUAUUUGCGGUGGGGAGGGAGGCGACGACGGAACUGCAGAUCAAGUUGUGGAAGUUGGAGGGGUAUAUGGCGAAGGGAAAGUUGCUGAGUCCUGAGGACCGCGAGCGUGAGCUGGCGAGGGCUGCUGCGGAUGCUACUGAGGCGAAGGUUGCUGAGAUGAAGGCUGCUCAGGCAAAGGCUGAGAAGAGGCACGUGCCUGGUGGUCAGGGGCAGCGAGAUGCUCAGAGAGCUCCAGCAAGAGACACAAGGGGACCUGGAGGAGGUGAUAGACGCCCCGGUGGAUGGCAAGGGGUUAGAAGAACCUAA